GCUGGACCCCACAUUCCUCGGAACAGGGAACGGCCUUUCUGCUGGAAUCAAAUCCGACCGGUUCGACAAUUCACUGUCACUCAGUUAGACCUACAGUGAGAGAUUUAGUGGAAGAAAAGCCCACAACUGGAAAGAAAUCACAACUAAAGACGAGGGAAGAUCAACAAGUGAACCAGCCCGAGUACUGAGAGCAUCAACUGGAGAGAACCCAUCUGACUCAGAGUUUCCAUUGAUUCAGUCAGGAGAAAAUUUGGUCACUGCCAGCAGGUGGAGCUUUCUGCCACCCAGACGGCAGACAAGAAAACGACGAUCAACCAACCUCAGUCAGACUCAGAAUGGACACAGAUCUGAACUCCGCCAUCUCCGCCUUCCUGUCAAAUUGUGAGGAUCACCAACUGUUCCAGUUGACGAGUUUCUACAUGGAGCGACUGGAGCAGGCGAUUGAGCAGGGUGUGGAGGAAGUCGGUUUCAUGCUAACUCAUGAUCAUCAUUUCAAUGAGCGAGAGUAUCACAGCGUGACUGAGCUCGCGGAGAAGGGAAACCGAGUGGGCGCUUCCAAACUCCUCCUGGAUCUAGUGAUGGAGAAGGGCUCCGGGGCCCGGAAGGUGAUGUGGGAAUCCUUUGUGAAACAACAUCACCACUUACCGAAGCUGAGCAGAAUAUUGGAUGAAAUACGGGAACGAGGUGACGGCCAGUUCGCCUACAUGGACACUGAGCGGGGUUUAUCUGAAGUGCCCAAGCAUCUGAAAGAUGUUCGAAGGAAACACAUGGAGACUUUGCGGGCACAAACUGAAACACUGAGAGUGAACACGAUCCUGAUGAGGGAGAAGGUGAAGGUUUUCCAGCUGGAUGAUCGAUACGCUGAGCUCACGGUCAUUUCGACUGUUCGAGAUUGGACACUGGUGGAGCAUGAGCUGCUGGCAAGAGGCAGAGACCACGAGGAGUGGAGAGAAAAAGAUCUCCGUGGUAAGCUGGAAAAAAUCCGGACUGAUCAGUUAUUCAAGAAGAGCUUUGUUCAAAAAUUGAAAAGAUCUAUCUUUAGAAACAAAUCAGGGAUGUCCGCAGCAGUAGCCGGAGUCCCAGGGAUCGGGAAAACAACAAUGGUACAAAAGAUUGUUUACGACUGGGCCGAGAGGAAGAUAUACCAACAAUUCCAUUUUGUCUUCAGUUUCAAAUUCCGGGAUUUAAACACCAUUAACUGCAGAAUAAACCUGAAGGAACUGAUUCUGCAUCAUUAUCCCUACUUUGGGAAUAUCCUGAGAGAGGUCUGGAAACACACAGAGGGACUGCUGUUCAUAUUCGACGGAUUGGAUGAAUUCAAGGACAAAAUCAACUUUGUUGAUGGUCGGAGAGACACAGAAUCACAGUACACAGAUCCUGAAUUCAAGUGCAAGGUGUCUGACAUUGUGUACAGUUUAAUUCAGGGCAAGCUGCUCCCAGGGUGUUCAGUGCUGGUGACCACCCGCCCCACUGCGUUACAUUUAUUGGAAAAGGCGGAUAUCUGUGUCUGGGCUGAAAUCCUGGGAUUUGUUGGUGAGGAACGGAAGGAAUAUUUCAUCAGGUAUUUUGAAGAUCAGACGGUGGCGGAAGCUGUUUUCAAACAUGUGAAGGAGAAUGAGAUCCUGUACACCAUGAGCUACAACCCCUCCUACUGCUGGAUCCUCGCUCUGGCACUGGGCCCCUUCUUCACACAAAGAGUCAGGGACCCGCAGCGAGUUCCCAAGACCAUCACCCAACUGUACUCCUACUAUAUUUACCACAUCCUGAAAAACCAUGGCCGUGAGAUUGAGAACCCCCGUGAUGUGUUACUCAGGGUUGGUCAGAUGGCCUGCAGAGGAGUGUACGAGAAGAAGAUUGUGUUUACACAUGGAGAUUUGAUCAAGUACAAUCUGCAGCCUUCCCAGUUCCUGUCCGGGUUCCUGAUGGAGCUUUUGGAGAGAGAGGAUUCUGCCCAGAGCGUGGUGUACACAUUCCCACACCUCACUAUCCAAGAGUUUGUAGCUGCAGUCGCACAAUUCCUGAAUCCACAUCCCGGGGAUAUCCUGAAAUUCCUCACUGAAGCUCACAACACGACAGAUGGGCGAUUUGAGGUAUUUCUCCGUUUUGUUGCUGGGCUCUCCAACCCAAUGACAGCUCGGGGUCUGGAGGAGUUUCUGGGUCCAUUUCCCAAUGAAACAAUACGCAAAGAGCGAGGGCGCAUCUCCUCUGGGCCUCUGUUCAGACCCAACACACACGUACAAAAAAUGUCUGCGUCCUCUCGUCUUGUAGGAUUAUCGUUUACCCUUGGAAUCCUCCUACUUGGGCAUAAUGACCUGGGAGAUUCAGGAGUGAAACUGGUGUCUGCGGCUCUGAGGAACCCGGAGAGUAAAAUACAGGAACUGGGGCUGAGGGAGGUCGGUCUCACAGAUUCUGGUGCCGAGGAUCUCGUCUCCACUCUCAGUGCAAAACCAUCACUGACGGAGCUGAACCUGAGUGGUAAUAAACUGGGAGAUUCAGGAGUGAAACUGGUGUCUGUGGCUCUGAGGAACCCGGAGUGUAAAAUACAGACACUGGGGCUGAGGAAUGUCGGUCUCACAGAUUCUGGUGUCGAGGAUCUCGUCUCCGCUCUCAGUACAAAACCAUCACUGACGGAUCUGGACCUGAGUGAAAAUAAACUGGGAGAUUCAGGAGUGAAACUGGUGUCUGCGGCUCUGAGGAACCCAGAGUGUAAAAUACAGAAGCUGCAGCUGAUCCAUGUCGGUCUCACAGAUUCUGGUGCCGAGGAUCUCGUCUCCACUCUCAGUACAAACCCAUCACUGACGGAUCUGGGCCUGGGAUUCAACUCUCUGACAGACCGAUCUGUCCCCGGUCUCCGCCGCCUCAUAGUGACCCUCCCGAGUCUGGAGCUGAUCUGUCUCGAAAGCCCUGCUUUGACUUUUCUUUCGGGCUGA